AUGAAGGCAGCGUUCGUUCUCGUUGCCGCGUCUGUUGCGGAAGCCUUCGUUAUUCGAGGCCGCCAGGAGCUGUCAACCCGGGGUGAAUUACCUCCUUAUUCCCAACCCCCACAGUUAUGGAAGGAUGAGACGAGUUUCGUACCUCACCUCGCCGAAAUGGCUGAAAGCAUCGACUGGCUGUUGGAGAACCAUCCACACGAAGCAGAAAUAUUGCAAUUAGAUCAGGACUUCGACCUUUAUAAUUGUGGUAGCGACGACGGUGAUGAUGGCCGGAAAGAGGAUUCUUUCAUACUCGCUCAGCCCCAGACACGCCAUGCGGGAGGAAACCAUCCAGACUACGGCCAUUUUGAUAUGACUCUUUACGAGAUGAUAAAUUCCAGCACGCACGCAAAAAUCUUCGCAGAGUACAUAUCCAGGUUCGAUGACAUCGUGGAUUUGCUCCAAAGCACCUCGUCAAAGUUAACAGUGUUUGUUCCCACGGAUGAUGCCUUCACUGGAAUUACAUCCCAAUCAAAUCCAGUGGACAGAUUGAUAAAAAGGGCGAUGUUGUAUCAUAUUCUGCCCGGUGAAUACUCGAGAAAAGACUUAUUCUCCUCGAGAACAAUGCCCACCCUGCUCGAAUCUGCAGAUCUUGGGCAUUACCCUCAGCGAAUCGGCACACAGUUUGGGCCCAAGGGUUUAACGAUGAAUUUCCGUUCUUCCAUUAUUGGGAGUGACCUUUAUGGCAAGAAUGGAGUUAUCCACGUGCUGGAUAACUUUCUAAUCCCACCGGCUCCAGCGACAGAAACCCUAAAUACCCUCCCUUCAACCUUUAGCACUUUCGAAUUAGGAAUGUACAAGACCGGCCUCGUUGAUUAUAUCAACGACCAUUCUACACAUGUAGGGUCGACAUUGUUCAUUCCCACCAAUCAGGCGUUCGAGAACCUUGGUCGUGAAAUCAGUGGAUAUCUCUUCAGUGAAUGUGGUGAGAGGUAUCUUGAAGCUAUAUUAAAGUAUCAUAUUGUAUGCAACCAUACGCUUUACUCGGAUGCAUAUAACAGACCAAUGAACGGGAAUGGGCUAAACCCUGAGUCGUUCCAUCUGGAUUUGCCUACCCUCCUACCAAAAAGUCACAUCACUGUAGAUAUCGCACAGAUGAGUCGUCUCGUUGCAUUUAGUGUCAACGGUCAUUCCUCUGUCGCGAUACCAGAUCUUCUUACCCAAGAUGGAGUCAUCCACGUUCUAAACAAGGUUUUGCUUCCGCCUUGCCAACGGAAAGUCCAUACUGGCGAUUUUCUCUGCGAAGAUCCUCAGUUGAGUGACGGGGAAGAUGCCUUCAAUUUGACCGUUGAAGAAUUGAUCGAAAGACUGAAUCCUUAUGUUGACAGCUUACUGGAGAGCGGUCGUGUCGAAUAG